AUGCCAAUGCCGCCGGUUCCGGCAAACGAUGGCGACAAUCCAGCGGUGGAAGUAUCGGGCACGGGCGGCUCUUCUGGUGCUUUCUCUAGCACGGUAAAGCUGAGGACUGAGGAAGGAAAGCUCAUCGAGAUCGAUUCCUUGCAAAUGCCAACGGGUGUCAAGAAGGUCCUGCACGAGCUGGAUCUUGACAGUACAGGAAUCGUGGAUGAGAAGAAUCUCGAAGACUCACUCCGGUGUCUGAAGCACUUGAAGAACGGCCUGGACACGGAUGGAAGUGGUCAUGUCAGCAAUCAAGAGAUGGAGGACGGAGUUGCGCUGCUGACCAAGCUGAUGAAGGAGAAGUCUCUCAAUUCGACAGAGAUGCCAUACAAGCACCUACCAGACUGCAUUCAGGAAGUGAUGCGCGAAUGGGAUGCUGAUGGCAGUGGCAUGGUGGGUGUUUCCGAGCUGUCUGCCGCAGCAACCGCAUACAAGAAGGUUCAGCAGGAGGGUCGCAUGAUGAGAAAGAUCAUUCUGGGAUUGAGCAUGGUUAUCCUCCUGUUGAUGAUCGGCAUGUUCAUUCUGUCCUGGGCAGCUGCUGAAAUGGCAAAGGAGAUGCGAGGUGAUGGGGAUGCUAUCAUGGCGAACUCCCAGGGCAUGGUUGUGAAGGUGGCAAGUUCAGACUUCGAGAUGGCCCCUGAUGGAACGCUAAUCAUUCGAGGAGCAGGGUCAGUCAAUGCGACAUGUCCGGAAAAUCAGACGUGCCGACGACUGGAGAGCUCUGCAAGUAAGCUCCAAGUUGCAAACUCGGAGACGCCUCGGCGCUUGUCCUCUACACUUCCAGACGCUUCCUUCAAAGAGCUGAAGUCUUUGACGCUUAAAGACAACUUGGGCCACGCACUGAAGGUCUCCAUUACCAGCUGGCAGCGUCUCUCUCUGCGCUCUUCCAAGUGCGGUUCGGUGAUUCAUUUGAAUGGCGACCAUGGCACCUUAACCUUGGAUGACUAUGACAUGACAGCCGACGCCCAGAUGGAGGGCUACGUCAAGGAUGCAGGCAUGGAGGGACUCUUCGAGGACGGACCCAUCUCUGGGUUUGGGCGUCGGCUCAGCUCCACCGACGGCCUUCUCGAGGGCUUCUUCAACAUGCUUGAAGACAUUGAGUGGGCAUGCGAGUCCGUUGACUUGCCGAAUCCCAACGACAUGCCUCAGUUCUACUAUGCAAAGAUGCACGUAAAGCAUCUGCAUGGGCAGCCUGAGCGUGGAUACUCGCAGUUCUUCACUGACGCCGAGGGAAACUUUCUGACGGUCCCGGGAGUGAUUGUGGAAGAUGGCAAGGUCUACAAGACCUGGACAGAGGAGCUGGUGAAGUCUGCAUCUCUCACUGCUUACAUGAGCCACUAUGCCAUGCAUCCUUUCCAGCGAGAGCUGCGACUGAAGAGGUCUGGAGAGCAGGUGAUCCAGGCCAAGAUCGAGGCCAAGGGCAAAGUGGGAUAUCGCUGCCUGGUGGAGACUCCACAAAAAGCCACGAUUGCUGCAGCUGCCGAGAAUGCCUUGCCGAGCCUGGAAUUCCGUGGUGUGGUGGUAGAGAAUGGCACCGUCUUGCGCCACUGGAGGAUGGAUCCCUUGGGAGAUCUGGAGCGCGGCGGAAAUCUGGACGCACAUGAGAUGCAAAUUGCCAUGAUGGAAGCCGGAUUGAUCCCCAAUGUGGUGGACUACUUUGACGUGGACACAGAUCCCAAAGGAAAGUUCGAGCCUGGCCAACCCUAUCGCGUCCGGAUGUACUCGACUGUUUCCGGUUCGAAGGUCGACACGACGAAGCAGUACGUUGAGAUCGUUUCCUUGCCUUCUGCUUUCGAGAUUCCGGGAAUGUUCGACUAUUUCAACGUCACAAUGCUUGACGAGGGAUGCAGAUUCUCCAGGGAGCUGCAGCAGCAAUUCAAUGAAUCCAACUCCAGCAAUCUGAGCAUGGCAGCCAGAAUGCUGGUCGACGAGGUCGAGAUGUUGGAUCGAACCAAUCGAUCUUCCACAAGCGCCGAUUUCAAGAUGCCGCCGGAAAUCUAUCCCUGGUCAGAGUUUCCAAACAGUGUUGCCUGGACGUUCGACGAGCUCAAAAAGCGAGCUUCGGCUGGCAAUUUGCAUGAUGAUGCCCUGACAUUGGCGAGGACUAGCAAGUACUGGGAUGCCAUCUUCACACUUCGGGAGAACCAGGCACGCCGCCUGGAUGAUGACGACAAUCCUUUCUGGAAGUACAAGGCAUGGGUCACUCCGGAAAAGAUUGACAUCGAGGUUGAAGCAGGCAAAGCGAAGCUGCAGUUCUUGGUGCAGUACUGCAACCUCUGGAAUCCGACUGCGACGAACUGGGGUGCUUGCAUGACCGGACGAGCCGGAGGCGGCGACAUCGUGAAGCUGGAAGCCUACUGCAGCGGCCGGCAGAUCAUGUUCCCCUUCCCCAAGGUCCAGAUGGAGCUCGGCGGUCUGUUGGUCUACGAUGACACGAGCGCAAUGGGCAUCGACACGGGCAAAAGAAUCUACAUGAGCCCCAUCGCCGCGAGGGGUAAAGCUCUUCGGAUGGAUGGCUGGAGUUACAAAUUCGCGAAUCCUGGCGAUGCUGGAACAACGUUUAUUCUUGAGUCUGCAGAUGGUGGCAUUGGCGUACUUGGCAGCGAUGCACGGGUCUGGAUCAAAAACACGGGCGGACGUUGGAUGCAGGACAACCGAGGGAACGCACGAGUAACAAAUGGCCCUCCCCGCGGUUGGGAGAAGUUCAACGUGUUGGAUGCUGGCGGUGGCAAGGUGUGGUUGAGGAGCCACCGCGGCGAAUAUUUGGGCGUCGAGGAGACGGGUCCGCAACCGGGCGCCUUGGCAGGUGAUCGCCUCGGAGAGGAAGAUCGACGUUGCAGGGGAAGCAGCAAGACGUACAGAUCGACGAAUGCCGCCGGAGGUCAAGAAUGGCGAAGGUUCGGUCGGAGGCGCUGGGGCACAUCAAACGAUGAGUGGCGAUCAGCACGUGCAACUGGCGAUUGCCAAAUGGUCGAGUUUUACGAUGAGGACGAGGAUGUGAGUGGCUACGAGGACAACCAGUAUGUGUUUGGCAAUUUCGACUGUGAAGACUUCAAGGUAAAGAGCUGA